AUGGACUUUUCCGGCCCUUCAUACGAUUUCUCUGUCGACGACUUGAGCCAGUUGAUUGAAUGGAACGGGACCUUCUACCACACCGCUGGUCCUUCAAUCCAAGAUGCACCUGGCCCUCAGCCAUCAAUGUCCCAGUCUAUGAGAACAGCAGAAGUAUCUCAUCAUGUUCUAUGGGACUCGUCUAUUCAAACUCCGUACGAUUUUCUAACUCCUACAUCUGCUGUCUGCCACAUCCACAAUGGUUCUACGGGGACUUCUUCAUCUGAUGCUCGUCAUGGUCUAAGUCGGAGUAACUUGGCCUCGUCGCACUCUGCUGUUCAAUUCCCAACACCCGACAUUGACCCGCGCGCCACCUAUACCACGAAUGAGCCGUCGAAUACCCACGAUCGUCGAAACGAUACCAAGGAGACCACCAAUCAUUUGAAAUGCAAAUGGGAGAACUGCCUGAAGCCCCCAUUCCGAUCGAAGGGAAGUUUAAUGCGACACAUCGACACUCAGCACAUAGCUCCGCUUUCAUUCAAGUGUUCGGCAUGUAACAGGUCCUACAACCGGAAGGACAACCUGAAGGAUCAUCAGCGUCGCGCUCACUAG